GUCCAGACUGCGCCCAUAUUGUUAUUUGGAUUCCAUCAUUCUUUCUUGGUGCAAGCAUUCUAUUCUGGUGUUCUCCUUUGGAAUCGCCUUUCUGUGUUCAUCCUUCUGCUCAAUGCGGUAAUCAAAUCAUGAUAAUCAGGUCCCUCUGCCACCGUUUCGCCUCCCUCUCCCUUGCCCUCCUCCUCCUUGCCUCAUUACCCCAUCAGACCAAUGCAAAGAAGGAUGGCCCGACCAUCUCAGCUACCACGUUCGACAAUCCCCUAGACAACGUCUUCUACUUUGAUGACUCGGACACCAUCCUCGGCCAUGACAAAGAGGCAAAUACUGUUUGGCGCAGCGUAGAUGCCGGUGAGACCUGGGAAAAAGUCUCGGAUGAGGGCCAGGCUGGGAAGGCCUGGGAUCUGUGGCCCCAUCCAUGGGAUCAUACGCGAGCCUAUAUCCUAGGUCUUUCAGGCGAUCACUGGGUCACUGACGAUCGAGGUGAAACUUGGAGGAAGUUCUCUUCUGGCGCAAAUCUGGCUUUGUUUCGACCCAACCCCUUGAGCUUCCACGGACGCGAUCCCAAGAAAGUCAUCUGGAAUGGUGAACAAUGUGCAGGCCUGUCGUGCUCCGAGGUCGCCUUUUACACCGACGAUGAUUUCAAAACCCACCACCGAGUCGGCACAAAGACCAAAGGCUGCCAAUGGGCUGUGAGCUCUCCUUUGUUCGCUCCAGAGGUUGCCUCAGAGAUCGACGACCGUAUCUUCUGUAUCGUCGAAGGUCUCUACUCACCGUGGCCCAAAGACAAUCGUCUCGUGGUUUCGGACGACUUCUUUGAGGCUGAGAUCGUUGAACCUGAGCUCGAUGGCGGUCGCGCCGUCACCGGCAUCAUCAGCAUGGCCGCUGUCAAGGGCUUCCUCGUUGCAGCUGCCAAGUCCGAGGGAACCGAUGAGUUGGCCUUGUAUGUCACCAAAGACGCUUCCCAAUGGCACAGAGCCGAAUUUGGUCAACACCGAGUCAAUGAAGACGCCUAUACCAUUUUGGAAAGCACAAACUACAGCAUGCAGGUUGACGUCCUCGGGUCCAGACCUACCAACCCCGUGGGCUUUCUCUUUACCUCAAACUCCAAUGGUACCUACUUUACCCGCAAUAUCGACUACACCAACCGAAACAUGCGUGGUCGUGUUGACUUUGAAAAAGUCCAGACCAUUCAAGGCAUUGUUAUUGUAAACAUCGUGGAAAACGGAAAAGAAGUCCUAGACUCUACCAUUGCCGAGAAGAAAAUCUUGUCUCAGAUUAGCUUCGACGACGGUCGAACAUUUCAAGACUUGGUCGCUGGCAAAAACCGGUUAAACUUGCAUUCGGUCACCGAUGCUCGUCAAUCCGGGCGGAUCUUUUCCAGCCCGGCUCCAGGCAUUGUGAUGGGUAUUGGCAACACUGGAGAAUAUCUGAAGCCGUAUGAGGACGGAGAUCUCUAUGUCUCUGAUGACGCAGGUGUGACCUGGUACGAGGGCCUCGACGGUGCCCACCUCUACGAGUUUGGCAAUCAAGGCGCUGUCAUCGUCGCGAUUGACGACGAAGACACGACCAGCCAUUUCCGGUAUUCAAUCGAUCACGGCAAGAGCUGGAAAAAGGUCGACCUCGACGUGAAAAUCCGUGCCAAGUUCAUCACCACCGUGCCAGACUCGACUACCCUCAAGUUCUUGCUCAUGGGCACCAGUGGAUCUGGCUCCAAGGCCACAUAUCACGUAUUCAAGAUUGAUUUCGAGGGUUUGCAUGAACGGGCAUGUGGCAAAAACGACUUUGAACGAUGGCCUGCUCGUGUUGACGAGGACGGUAAACCAAGUUGCAUCAUGGGUCACAAGCAGUUCUUCACCAGACGCAAAGCCGACGCCGAAUGUUUCAUCGACGAGGAGUUUAAAGACCCCGUCGCUGAGUACGAAGCUUGCACGUGCACGAUUGCAGACUUCGAAUGUGACUAUAACUUUGUCAGGGACCCGAAAGAUCGCAAGAAAUGUAAUCCCGCUGCACCAAUUCCGGUUCCUCCAGGAGCAUGCAAAGAUAAAGAAGAUACCUUCAAGGGACCUUCAGGAUGGCGACUGAUUCCCGGCGAUGAGUGUAUUCGAAAGGGCGGUGAAGUAUUCGACGAGGAGAUUGAAAGACCAUGCACUGACAGCGUGCAUAAACCUGUCUCUGGCGAUAUUGGUGUCGAGAAGACCAACUUUGACGCCUCUCGAUUCUCAGAGUGGUACUAUCUGGAAAGAAGCGACACUUCUAUUGGUAGCGACGAAACAAUCGUGAUGCGCACAAGUGAACAGGACAUAUUCAUCACCCGCGAUCACGGCAAGACCUGGGAGCCAAUCCUAAAGGGAGAACCAAUUACCGCCAUCGCUCCAAAUCCUCACCAACACGACGUGGUGUUCUUCCUGACCGGGUCCAAAAAGGUCCACUACACCAUUGAUCGUGGCGACCGCUUCGAUCAUUUCGAAGCGCCUGAACGACCCAGCAACCUCCGACUCCCCACCCUCAAGUUUCAUCCUGACUACAAGGAUUGGCUUCUUUGGUCUGGAGCGGUAGGCAAAGAUGACCACACCAAUAUCUUCUAUUCGAAAGAUCGAGGUGACCAUUGGCAGACGCUGGUGAGAUAUGCGAGGAAAUGUGAAUUCAUCACUCGCCAAGGUCAGGAUAACGCAGAUCAACUCAUCUACUGUGAGCAGUAUGAGGACGAGAAUCCAGAUAAGAGUCUCCGACUCCUUUCCAGCGAUAACUGGUUUGGAGAUUCACAUGUGCAUUUCCAGGACAUUCUAGACUUUGCAACCAUGUCGGAAUUCAUCAUUGUGGCGGCUAAAGCGGACGACAAGAAAGGGCUGAAAGUUGACGCCAGUGUUGAUGGGAGAAACUUUGCGGCUGCGCAGUUCCCCAAGAACUUCCAGGUGGCGCACCAGCAGGCAUAUACUGUUUUGGACAGUUCGACGCAUGCCGUUUUCCUUCAUGUGACUGUCAAUGCUGCUCAGGACCGGGAGUACGGAUCGAUCAUCAAGUCUAACAGCAAUGGUACCUCUUAUGUGCUUACGAUCAAUGCCGUCAACCGAGACACCGAAGGAUACGUUGAUUUCGAGAAAAUGCAAGGCCUCGAAGGCGUUGCCAUGGUCAACGUCGUCUCCAACGUUGAAGAGACCCAAACGGGGGAGAAAAAGAAGCUGCAGUCCAAAAUAACUCACAAUGAUGGUGCAGAAUGGUCAUUACUCCCACCACCCAAGAAGGAUGCUGUGGGAAAUAAUUAUAAGUGUGUUGAUGAGGAAAACAAGGCUACCGAAAAAUGCUCGUUACAUAUUCACAGCUACACAGAGCGAACAGAUAAAUCAGCCACAUUUUCAAGCCCGAGUGCAGUCGGACUAAUGAUGGCAGUCGGCAACGUUGGAGACCAUCUCCUUCGCAAAGACGAUCCGGCCACAGACACCUUCAUCACACGGGAUGCUGGAAUCACAUGGACGUCUGUCAAAAAGGGGAGCUACAUGUGGGAGUAUGGCGACCAAGGCAGCAUCAUCGUCAUCAUCGAAGAAUCCAAACCCACCAAAUCUUUGUUCUACUCCCUGGACGAAGGUGCGACAUGGAAAGAGUUUGAGUUCUCGCCUGAGGUGGACAUGCAAAUCGAUGCAAUCACAACUGUUCCUUCGGACAACUCUCGAAACUUUCUGCUUUGGGGUCGCGAAGUCGGCACUGGCUCUAGACGGGGCAUUUUUACUGUUAGUCUUGAUUUCAGUGGGCUCGAAGAAAGACAGCGACAGUGUGACCUCGAUGAGAUCGAUCCUGUUAACAAAGACUAUACGCUGUGGGAACCCAAGCACCCGAUGCAAAACGACAACUGCCUCUUUGGGCACAUUGCACGAUACCACCGCAAGCGUACUGACGCAGAUUGUUAUAAUGGAAAGAUGAUCGAUCACCUUCACAGUAUCGCCCAGAACUGCAGCUGUACUCGACAGGACUUUGAAUGCGAUUACAAUUACGAGAUGCAAGCUGAUGGAUCCUGUCAGUUGGUACCAGGUCUUGAACCUCCCAAUCAUAUACAAUACUGCAAGGAUAAUCCCAAGCAAGUGGAAUUUUGGUAUCCCACAGGAUACCGACGCAUCCCUCUCACUACUUGCUCGGGCGGUCGUGAGCUUGAUCGACUUGAAAGCAAACCAUGUCCAGGACAUGAAAAGGAAUACGAGAAGAAGCACGGUAUUGGUGGAGUGGCACUCUUCUUCGCCAUUGUCCUCCCCAUAGCCGCAGCCGCUGGUGUGGGAUACUGGGUCUACAGCCGAUGGCAGCAGCAAGGGUUUGGAGGGUUUGGCGCCAUCCGACUGGGUGACGGGAGUUCUGGAUCCACCAGUUCUGGCGACACGCUCUGGAUCACUAUCCCUGUGGCCAUUGUCAGUGGAGUGGUUGCAGUUGCAAAAGCCACACCACUUCUUGUAAUGAGUCUAUGGAGAAGUGCUCGAGGCUACAUGCCACUCGGGUCUGGAUCCGGAGGUGGACGAUUUGGGCGAGCUGGUGCCACUGGGGGAAAUUACGGAGCUCCGUAUAGAUCGAGAGAUGCUUUUGCUAGUCGACGACAAGAUUACUCUCAGGUGGUGGAGGACGAUGAACUUCUUGGAGAUGGAUUGGAGGAUGAAGAAGAAGUGUGAGUAGCCUGCGGUGGUGUGGAAUGGAAGCCACCUUAUAAAACGAGAACAGCUUCUUCUUUUUGUGUUAUUUGUACCUUUUCAUCGUGGCGUGGCACGAUCCAGGGGAGAGCGAUCAUGGCAUGCAAGAUUGACAUGGGUUUGAAUGACCGUAUCGAUGGAUGACGACGGAAAGGUCUGCCGGAUCUAAACAAUCUGAACUAGGAGGUGGAGAGCCAGGAGAGGUGAUGACGAGAACCAGCAGGUAAUGACAAACAGUGUGUAACAUAGAUACCUCAUAUAUCAACUUGAUAUCCAUG